CUUUCGUGAUGAUAUGAGGAAGUCGUAAGAGAAAAAGCAGGAGGCUGUCAGAUUGCGUUUACUGUACUCCUUUUGUCUGUCAUUGUGAAGUAUUUCAAACACCAUUUUGAGAAAGAAGAUGAGAAAGAAGACGGAGUCAAAGAAGGAAUGAAAUUGAAUAAAAGAACCGAGUUGGCUGAUUUGGGUCAGAACCCACAUGUGGUCUAGUCUGGUCUGACGUGUUCCAGUCUCCUGAGAUAGGGGGCGCUGUUUCUAAAAUGAGUCUCUCAGAGGAGCCAGAGAGCAAAGGUGGAACCCUCAGCACUGACAGAAAGAGGGUCCAGGUAGAAAGAGCAGGGUCACCUGUACCCAGCUGUCUGUCUAUGAAGAGUGAUCCCUCAAUGGAUCCUCCACUCAAGCUCAGACGAGAGGUCACAGGGGAUCAAAGGGUCCAGGUAGAAAGAGCAGGGUCACCUGUACCCAGCUGUCUAUCUAUGAAGAGUGAUCAUUCAAUGGAACCACCACACAACUUCAGAGGAGAGUUCACAGGGGAUCAAAGGGUCCAGGUAGAAAGAGCAGGGUCACCUGUACCCAGCUGUCUGUCUAUGAAGAGUGAAAAUUCAAUGGGUCGUUUAAUCAACUUCAGAAGAGAGUUCACAGGUGAUCAAAGGGUCCAGGUAGAAAGAGCAGGGUCACCUGUACCCAGCUGUCUGUCUAUGAAGAGUGAUCGUUCAAUGCAUCAUCCAAUUGACUUCAGAGGAGAGUUCACAGGUGAUCAAAGGGUGCAGCUCUCUUCAGAAGAGAAGAUACCAGAGAAACUAUCUUUCCCAAAACAGUCUCUCCUGCACACUCUGUUGAGGCUGAAGAAGAAAGGAAAGUUGAAACUGUUUCAGAGCCAUCUGAGUCAGGACUGCCCAGAAUGCUUUAAGACUCUGUCUAAAGAUCCUUCUGUGCUGGAGAAGUUCAUGAAGAUGAAGGAAUUGUUCAAGAGUCAUCAAAGCCAUGAUUACCCAGAAUGCAGUGAGAGAGAGCAGGAUGAUCCUGAGGUCCUGUACAUUGUUGAGAAGAUGCUGGAGACCUGUGGCAGUGAGAGGUCUCUGAAGAUCACACUCCACAUCCUGAGGAACAUGAAGCAGAAGGAUCUCGCUGACUCACUGGAGAGAGAUGAGCAGCACAAUGAAUCCAUUAAAAGAGCCCAGCAGGAACUGAAAACUCAUCAGAAGAAGAAGUUUGAAUGCAUAUUUGAAGGUUUAGCAGUGCAGGGCCACACAACUCUCCUCAAUGAGAUCUAUACAGAGCUCUACAUCACAGAGGGGGGAAGUGGGGGGGUCAAUAAUGAGCACGAGGUCAGACAGAUUGAGACAGCAUCCAAGAGACAAACCACCCAGGAGACUCCAAUCCUCUGCAAUGACAUCUUCAAGCCUUUACCUGGACAAGAGAAACGCAUCAGAACUGUGCUUACAAAGGGUAUUGCUGGCAUUGGGAAAACCGUCUCUGUGCAGAAGUUCAUUCUGGACUGGGCAGAAGGAAAAGCCAAUCAGGACGUUGAUUUCAUCUUCACUCUUCCUUUCCGAGAUCUGAAUCUGAAGAAGGAAGGAGCAUUCAGUCUGAUGCAACUUCUGCAGCACUACUUUCCACAACUGAAAGAGAUCAAAAGUGUUGAAGGUGAUGAAGUCAAAGUUGUGUUUAUCUGUGAUGGUCUGGAUGAGUGUCGACUUCCUCUACAUUUCCAAAGCAAUGAGAUCUGCUGUGAUAUAACAGAGUCAUCACCAGUGGAUGUGCUGCUGACCAACCUCAUUAAGGGGAAUCUGCUUCCCUCUGCUCUCCUCUGGAUCACCUCCCGACCUGCAGCAGCCAAUCAGAUCCCUCCUGAGUGCAUCCACCAGGUGACAGAGGUACGAGGGUUCAAUGACCCACAGAAGGAGGAGUACUUCAGAAAGAGAAUCAGAGAUCAGAACCAGGCCAGCAGAAUCAUCUCACACAUCCAUUCAUCCAGGAGUCUCUACAUCAUGUGUCACAUACCAGUCUUCUGCUGGAUUUCUGCUAUUGUUCUGGAGACAGUGGUAGGUAAAGUAGAGAGUGGAGAUCUGCCCAAAACUCUGACUGAAAUGUACACACACUUCCUGCUCAUUCAGACUAAAGUGAAGAAUCUGAAGUAUUGUGGCUCUGAUGAAACAAACCCAAAGAUGUCAGCAUCAGAUACAGAAAUCAUCCUGAAACUGGGGAAGCUGGCUUUUGUACAGCUGGAAAAGGGCAAUCUGAUAUUCUAUGAAGAGGACCUGAGAGACAGUGGCAUUGAUGUCAGUGAAGCUUCAGUGUACUCUGGGGUGUGCACAGAGAUCUUUAAAGAGGAGCAUGGGGUGGGUCAGGAGAAGGUCUACUGCUUUGUGCAUCUGAGCAUUCAGGAGUAUCUGGCCGCCUUGUUUGUGUUUCAUUCAUGUGUAAAUGAGAACAGAAAAGUGCUCAGAGCAGAAGAAUCAAAACCUCACAGUGGCAGAGUGCAGCUGUCUGAGUUACAUGAGACUGCAGUGGAUCAGGCCUUACAGAGUAAGAACGGACACCUGGACCUUUUCCUCCGAUUCCUUCUCGGCCUCUCUCUGGACUCCAUUCAGCCCCUCUUAGGAGGACUACUGACACAGACAGUAAGCAGAUCCCCUGUACCAGACCCACAGACACAGACAGGAAGCAGAUCAGGGACCAUCAAGAAAACAGUCUGGUUCAUUAAGAAGCAGAUCAAAGACGAAUCUUCAGCAGAGAGGACCAUCAAUAUGUUCCACUGUCUGAAUGAACUGAAUGACAACUCACUUGUGGAGGAAAUCCAGAAUUCCCUGAGAUCAGGAACACUUUCUGAUAAAGAGCUGGAACCCCACCAAUGUUCAGCUCUGGCCUUUGUGUUACUGAUGUCAGAGGAGGUCCUGGAUGAGUUUGACUUGAAGACCUACAACACAUCAGCAGCAGGUCGUCACAGACUGGUACCAGUAGUCAGGAACUGCAGGAAGGCCAUACUGCACAGCUGUGACCUAAGUGAGGAGUCAUGUGAAAUUGUGGCCUCAGCUCUCCAGUCAUCAAACUCAACCCUGACAGAUCUUGACCUCAGCAGCAAUAACCUGGGAGAUGCAGGAGUGAAGCUGCUCUGUGCUGGACUGAUGAGUCCAAACUGUAAACUACAGAGACUGGACCUCAGCAGCAAUAACCUGGGAGAUGCAGGAGGGGAGCUGCUCUGUGCUGGACUGAUGAGUCCAAACUGUAAACUACUGAGACUGGACCUCAGCAGCAAUAACCUGGGAGAUGCAGGAGUGAAGCUGCUCUGUGCUGGACUGAUGAGUCAAAACUGUAAACUACAGAGACUGGGGCUGGGUUGGUGUAAUCUCACAGAGGGCUGCUGUGAUGUUCUGGCCUCAGUCUUGCGUUCUCCUCACUCAGAGCUGAGUGAUCUGGAGCUGAGAGACAACGAGCUGCAGGAUUCAGGAGUGAGAGCGCUCUCUGCUGGACUGGAGGACCCACACUGUCAACUGCAGAGACUGGGUUUUGUACGGCAACUGUCAACCUUAUAGUUGCCUUAUAUAGACCUACAGGUGACCAUGCUUCUGAACUCGAUAGCUCAUUGUUUAAUUAAUGUGUGCUUUUAAACCUACACUCCGACCCGUAUAUUGCAUCAAUUCCCGGAAGUAUCCACUGUAAUGUUUCAAAUUGGGGAUGAUUUAGCAGCUAGUCACAGAUGAGUUAAUCACAGUCCAGUCAAAAACUUCAGCCUGAGUUUAGGGGGCAGCCUAUAGCAUAGUGGCUGAAGUGCUUGACUGGGAACAAGAAGGUUUGUGGUUCAAGCCCCAGUGAAGCUGCAGUAAGAUCUGUGCUGCUGCUGAACCCUUGAGCAAGGCCCUUAGCCCCACAUUGAUCCCGGGGGAUUGGCUCCUGCUUUGUCUAAUCAACUGUCAGCUAAAUAACUGAGAUGUAAUGUAAUGUUCUGCUAAAUUAAAGACAAACGGCAUGCUCUUACUUUCCAAGAUAAUUCAAAGCCAUCCAAUACAUCAGCCUAUAAGUGUGUUUUACUUUUAUCCUUGGAGCAGUUUAAAAAAAAAAGUUAAACUGCUUGUUGCUGUUGCUACAGUUGCUACAGUGUGUUAUUUCAAUCAUUUCCCACUACUGCACCUAAGGUCUUUGGUUUAUUUAAUAAAUUAAUCUUAAAAAACACUCUGUGAUUUCUGGCUCUUUCAGUUUACUGUUAUUUUCAACAUCUGUGCUGUGACUGAUCCGUGACUUUAGUCCAGCAUUUCCUGACCUUUUUCCUUCAGUGGUGCACUUUCCACAUUUACUGAAUCAUGUCACACCACUCUAAAAAGCCAGUGACAUAGGCUACACUGAUGUGAUGUCAACAGUAGCCAUGAAUGUCUCUGGGAGUUUGAAUUUCCAGACGAUUUUUAGUGACAUUUAUCUUGGCUUUUGUGAAUGGGAUUACAUUUUUCCCGCAGGAUUUUAUGAAACUGUUAUGACGGUACUAUGGACUGCUUUGGUGGUGUGGUUUUACUCAUUUGUGCCAGAGGGCUCUGUCCCUGGCUGUGAGCGGGACACUACCUACACCAAACCGCCAUAAUCAUACGGUGUUUGUGUUUGUUUUUCCUUUUCAUAUCACAUUUUCGGUUUCAUAUCACUAUUUCAAUAGAGUGCACUAAGUUUGGGGUGCACACCCGGCUGCUAGCUCACGUUUCCCAGGGCAAACACACGCAACACAUCCACUCCAUAUUCACACCCUAACAGUUAAAUCGCUCAUUUAAAAUAACACACACAUAAAUGUCUUUGUUACUUUGUCACCGUUUAUUGUUGUCCAGCUGUUAAAUGUUGUGGAGCCCUCUGUUUGUUGUUUCUUUAGGUUUGUAAUAUUUCAAAAAAUUAAAGACCAUUCGCCAUACAUAAAAUACAUGGCAUGUAAUCUAAUCUAAUGUUGCUUAAAUUACGUCUCCUCAUUAAUUUAAUGUUAACCGAUGAUAUUUGAAACUAUUUGAAGCCUUCAUGAACCACAUGACCGCCCACUGUUUUUACCCUCCAUUGACACAACUCUCUCUAUUGCUCUGAGGAAAUCCAAAAGCAGAAGCCAACACUAUCAUUGUUUUCUGGUUACCAGAUUACCCACUGCGACAGGAAAUAUGUAAAAGCAUACAUGUUCCCUCCACCAUUUCCUCGAGGGCCCGCAGGACCCACACCUGAAACCCUUGCUCCCCUCUCGGACCAUUCCAGCUCCAGAGGGACCUCUAGUGGUCUUUUUCUGAAGUGCAUACAAACAGUAAAAAGGAUACAGUAUAACUAACAGUGAAUGUGUCUUAAUAAAACUUAGUGCAUAUAUUAUAUAUUUCAUAUUUAUGGCUACCAAUCACGUUGUUUUCAUUGGUUAUCACAUUAAUAUGGC